AGCUCACCGAUCCAGCAGCGGGUCAGACGUUCGACGUCAUAACGGCGCAACUCGAAGUGACGAACCUAUUGGUUUGCACGAACACAGACUCCCGAAUUCGGUGUUUGGCCGAACUUGGGUCUUUAGGUGCUCUACAGUGAUGCAGACCAAUGGUAUUGGUUCUUUCAGUG